AUGCCAGCUGGAAACCACCUUUCGGCGUUCCAACGUCUGGCUCGCGGAACUCGCAAUCUCGCUCGACGUGACCUGGAGGAGGAAGUGGCUGCAGGUGCCGAGGAUGCCAUCGAGAUCUUCGAGUUUCCGCGCGUACACGAUACCUCGGAACAGGUGCACGAGCACAUUGUCGAAAACAACCUCACCUCUUCGGAUGCCAUCCAGAAACUGCGCGGAGAAAGAGUCGAGCAGACCGAACAGCAGCUGAGAUCUUCCCGUCUCGCACAGCAAAGUGGCAGCUCGAGGCAGUCCAGUUCCAGCUCUAGCUCCAUUUCCAGCUCCAGCUCAAGCUCGGAAUAG